ACAACGCCGGUUGGUAUGUGGAACAUCGUUUGUGUUGUAAUUGUAUUAGGAACCGCUAUCAUCCCAGCAUCGUGUGAUAGUCCUCUAGGCGACCUGGGCAACCUACUUGGCGCCUUUUCACAGCUAGCAGAAGAAUUUGGAGAAGAAUGUGUGCACAAAUGUCCAGAAGGUAAGAUAGCUGUCAAAAGAAAAGGUCACGUUCGUUCAUCCAACGGAUGCGGAUCUCAAGGCAUCAGUCUCAACACAGACAAUUUCCCUGGCAUGGACAAAUGCUGUGACAACCAUGAUUUCUGCUAUGACACUUGUGGAACACAACGAAAACAAUGUGACGACCAACUGCGCAAGUGCCUAGCAGACUAUUGCCAGCAGCGCUCAUCUGGCAAAAACUCAAACUGGAUGAAAGAUUGCCAAGGAACAAGCAACCUUAUUUCGAGUGGUGCGGCUGGCUUUGGAUGUGAGUCUUUCUUGCAGUCACAAGAGAAAGCUUGUGAAUGCGCAACUAUAAAGGAAGAAACUAAACAAAAGACAUAUCCAAAACUACCAGUAGAAACAAAAACAAAACAGAAGACAUCAAAACACGAAUUGUGACAUGUAGUAUCAUUGGAUGAUACAGAUUCUGGAAAGCUCAAGAGAAUCAUAGUUGUCACGUUGUGAAUUUAAAAUUGGAAUUCCCAAAAA